CCAGGAAGUCGCCGAAGAGCCCGAGAAGAGACCCCAGGAAAUCGCCGAAGAGCCCGAGAAGGAACCCACCAGUCACCGACCAAGGAAGCCGAGGACGAGGGCGCCAACCCUUCUCCUUGAAAGACAGCGAAGAUUUGGGGGAAAAGGCGAGAGCAAGAGCAGGGCCGAUGUUCGAAGGGGCGGCGCCAAACGUCGUGACGGAAUCCAUGACGGAGAGUAGGAGGUACAGCAUGGUGGAGCAAGCGAUAGCCAUGGCGGGGACCCUCUGCGACGAGCCGGACUUCUCCACCUUCGAGAACAAGACGGGUCUCGCGGAGGACAUGAAGUUCCUGGCCUCGAUGCCCGAGCUGUGUGACGUCACGUUCCUGGUCGGCGACACGAGGGAGCCGGUGUGCGCUGUGAAGGCUGUGCUAGCCGCCAGGAGCAGGGUGUUCCACAAGCUCCUGUACAACUCGUACUCGCCCCAGAAGAAGAAGGAACCGAUGAGUAGAGAGAAGAAGAUCAAGAUGUUCCUCAAGAGAUCUUCGGAACCGCUCAUGAAUCUUCAAGGACAACCUCAAGGACGACAGGGUCGAUCCGGAUACACUCACAAACUGGACACCAUCCCGGAGCCCCAGGGGAACGUACACCAGACCCUGAUCGUGGAGGAAUUCGAACCCGAUGUAUUUCGUCAGCUGAUUGAGUACAUCCACACGGGCUGCGUCACGCUGCAGCCGAGGACGCUACUGGGAUUGAUGAACGCCGCAGACUACUACGGUUUAGACGAGCUGCGAAAGGGGUGUUCAGGCUUCGUCCAGUGUUGCAUCAACGUGGAUACCGUGUGUGCUCUCUUGGCUUCCGCUGAGAGAUACAUACAGUACAAAUGCACAAAAUCAAUGGUGCAAAAGGUACUCGAGUUCGUGGACGAGCAGAACGAAGUCCUUAAUCUGGGCUCGUUCACCCUCCUGCCGCAGCACGUGGUCAGACUCAUCAUGGCCAGGGAGGAACUCAGGGCGGACCGUUUCACCAAAUUCCAGGCCGGCCUCAUGUGGUCCAAGAAGCACUGCGACAACCAGCCCAACACCACCGACCUGAAGGAAGUCAUCGGGAACUUUCUGGAAUACAUCCAGUUCUACAAGAUCCCUGCCAACAUCCUCAUGAAGGAGAUUCAUCCCUUAGGACUCGUCCCUUAUCACAUCAUCAUGAACGCUCUCGCUUAUCAGGCGGACCCGAGCAGCGUCGACCCUGCGAAGCUCUCUCCGAACCGCACUCGCCGCUCGAACGAGAGGUCGAUGUCCGUGCAGAGCUCCCUCGAUCCUCUGGGCUCCAGCACCACGCUCUCCUCCUCUGCCUCCUCUGAGAUGGAGUCGGGGCGGCACUCGUCCGAGGGGGGAGGAUGA